CGUAUGCAUCGCACCUCUCUGAUCGCUCUGCCACUGAACUCUACCUAGUACUUAACUCCGUGAUAGGGUUAGGGACUGUGCAGGGGUAUUGUGGCGCAGGUCAAGCCACAAGACCCAACUGUAGACCCCACCACUUACACACGUGAAUCCCAGACGCGUCGAGCGCGUUCAAUCCAACAAAGUCAAAGGCCAAGUUCUCUCAACAACAUAACCCUGUAGCAGACACAAGUGGAAGGAGAUCAAUUUCCCAUAAUGCCUGCGAAGACCUCGUCAAAGCCAUCGGAGCCUCGAAGAACGGCUGCCGAGGACAUUGACAGCUACCUCCUCGACGAAGACUUCGAUCUCGGAGAUCCAUUCAGAUCACCCAGCCCAGAUGCCGGCAAGAACAAAAGAAAGGAGCCCGAAGGGCUGGGUAUUGACGAGGAGGUCGAGGUCAAGAAGCGCGCAAUAGUGCCCCGGGUCAAGCUAGACGAGGCGAGGCUUCUGUCCGAAAAGGGAAUACCCGAGCUCCGCAGGAGAGCGAAGCAUCUGAAGCUCAAAGGAAAAGGACACGAGUUCUCCGACGCGGCCCGGUUGCUCUCCUUCUACCAGCUCUGGCUAGACGACCUCUUCCCCAAGGCAAAGUUCCUCGACGCGCUAGCAAUGGUGGAGAAGGCCGGCCACAAGACGAGCAUGCACAGGCAGCGGAUGGAGUGGAUCAACGAGGGGAAGCCGAAGGCGAUGGCCUGGGAGGACGACGACGAGUUCCGGGAGGGGCGGCCGCCGUCGCCAGCGAGAGAACCGACUCGCAUCGCUCCCAUAUUUGAGAAGAGGAUGGGGGCAGCGGAGGGGAGGAGCACUCCGACUGUCGAUGAUCUGUUCGGGGACGAGGACAUCUACAAUGCGACGCCCCGCCUAAGGACAGCGGAGAGGAAUCACGGAGGGGAACCCGACGACGAGCUAGAUGCGCUGAUGGCACAGGCAGAGGCAGAGGGCCAAGCCACGCGACAGGGGAACGGCACGGCCAGCGGACCCAAACCAUUUACCAGCAUAUUUGGCGGGGGCGGGCCAGCGCAGCCAGCGAGGACAUCCGGCAACCCCGACCAAGACGAACUGGAUGCUCUGAUGGCUGAAGCGGAAGCAGAAGCAGAGACAUCGGUGCUGAAGAACAGGAAGGAAACCCAGGAGACGGUGGUACGCAGCAUAUUUGGUGAUGGGGAGCCGAAGGCUUCGUCGAGGCAAGUCGAUGAAGAUGAUACGGAUGACCUAGACGCUCUCAUGGCGGAGGCAGAGGCUAGCGGCCCGCCGUCGAGGCCGUCUGUACCGGCGGCAUCAGCAGGGAAGGAACUUGGAACAGACACCACUGACUUCGCGGCCGAGGAGGAAGCCAUGGCGGAAAUGGAUGGAUUAUGGGACUAAUUAGGGGCGUGAUUAGUACAAACAUACUCGAGCUCGAUUUGCGUUGCAUGUACAGAUUCACGACGACGAUGGAUGACUUAGCGGGGGCGUUUUGGUGCCGAAAUAACCUUUCGGUCAAUUGCAUACAACCUUCAGCUGAUAAGCGCCUUCCGUGUCCAUUGUGUCUUUCUUUAAAUUAGGUGGUUUACCGUCAUCACAA